AUAAUGGCAACCAAGGAAGUUUUGAAUAAAAGACAAAGAAUCGUUUGUCGGUUUACGCUUUAACAGUCUCGAAUGAUCGUAUUCGGUGAGCUAAUUGUGACUCUCCUUCUAACUCUUGCGCAUCUCCGCUUUCUCGGCUCCUGCGCUUUCUACUCUACUGUAGAUUGUCGGGAUUGUUGUCUCGGUUUGAUACUCCUUGUCCAGUUUUUUUUCAUUCGGCGAUGUACGGCUUUCUGGUUGUGCGUGAUUGGCUGUUUGAGAUAUCGUGUCCGCGAAAUUCGGUAUCCAAGACGCAGGAACUGGUGGCCAAUAGGGAUACGAUCUUAAUUGACCGUACAUGGUAAUGAGCUCGAAAUAUCCCCAGUACGUCUUUCGUGCCAUCAUGGAAGAGACCAAUGGAACUACUAGACGUACCAGUACCCCAUCUGGUCACAGUGCCCAUAAAAGCUUUUUUCAACGUCUUCAGCAUUUCAGGAAAGAGCUGAAGGAAGUGACCUUUCUGCUAAUGGUAACGGUAUUGUCUGCCGGUUUUGGAUCGCCAUUCCUUAUCGGCUACAACACAGGAGUUAUCAAUGUUCCCCAAAAAGUGCUGAGCGAAUGGAUCAGAAGUACCGAAUGCGAGAAGGCUCGUUACAUCAGCAGCCACUCGGGUUUAAAUGCGUCGUGGGUUAAUGCCACACGCGAAGAGGAGCGAUGGUGUCGGACACUAAAUUCUACAGAACAUUCAGAGGAGAUGGAAAAGAAUGUCAAACUGCGUAUGAUGUGGAUUGGUGUAAAUCUGGCUUUUUGUUGUGGGGGCAUCCUGGGAGCAAUACUAAGCCAUUAUCGAGUUGACCUUCUUGGCAGAAAAUGGACGUUAGUGACAAACAACGCUGGAGCCAUUGUUGGUGGGAUUUUACAAGGAAUUGCCUACCCAACCUCGUCGUAUGCGGCUUUUAUAAUUGGAAGAAUUUUUGUUGGGAUUAAUGCCGGUGUCUCCACUGCCGUGGCCCCAGUGUACUUUAUGGGCCUUGUGCCCCCUUCCUUAGCCGGUGCUUUUGGUGCGCUUCAGCGGCUAUUCGAUGUGUGCGGGACACUCCUGGCGUUUGUCCUCGGACUUCCAUCAAUCCUUGGCGGGCCGACCACUUGGCCGUACUUGGUCGGAUUCGUGGUGAUUCCCGCCACCCUGCAGUUGCUAGUCCUGCCAAUGUGCCCGGAAGAUCCUAAAUAUCUAUCCGAAGCCGAAGGUCAUGAGGGCGAAGCGGAAGCAGUUGUGCGACAACUUAGGCAUUCACCAUCGAAGAUCGAAGAAGAACUACGAGAAAUGAGGGAGAAAGAAAAACAAGCCGAACAGCAACCAAAGUGGAAAUUUACCGACAUGAUGCACGAUCCGACGCUUAGAAUUGUCGUUCUUGUGGGAUUCGUGGUGAUUAGCUGCCGUCAACUGACCGGUAUCAAUGCGGCGUAUUUCUUCUCCACGGCUAUUUUCGAAUCGGCUGGAUUGACCGGCACGUCACCACUGUACGGAACAGUGGGCGUGGGAGCGACAAUGGUCAUUGCGACAUUGUUGACGGCGCUUCUAGUGGAAAAACUCGGACGACGACCUUUACUGUUAACUGGACUCUGUGGCACUGCACUGACAACCGCUCUCCUAACGACCUUCAUAGUGCUGCAUGAAACGGCAAGCGAGAAGUCUCAGAAUCCGAAGGAAUUCUCGAGUAUCCAAGCGGACUGGGCACCCUUCGUUAGCAUGGCUGUGCUGUUCGUGUACUUGAUUGUGUAUUCUUGUGGACCUGGAACAAUCCCGUCGUUUAUGAUUGCGGAGAUGUUUCAUGAAAAAGACAAAACUAUCGCCAAUAGUGUGGAAUUGUUGGUUCACUGGACGUGUGGCGCUCUGGUGGUCGUCGCAUUUCCUCUAUUGCAGGGAAAGAUCCAUGGAUACGUCUUUAUAUUCUUCACCGUUCUGAGCAUUUUCUACAUCGUUAUCGUUGUUUUAUGGUUACCCGAAACCAAGAAACAAGAGCCGGAACAGGUUCAGGAGCAAGUGGCAAAAAGAGUCAGGAAAUGUAUUUGCAAGCCCCAUUAACAAUGCGCAUACCGCCCAGCUGCUGUACGUGCGAUAAUGGAUGCAACCGUGUGCAAGCAACGUAUGGUCAAUAAUCUUUGCAACUGGUGACAUCCGGUCAUGGUUUUUUUCAUUCAGAUUUUAUUUUCUUAAUGGGCCUUGUCCUUGUCGUAAUUUGUAAUUUCAGGAAUUAUGAAAACAAUUUUCGAAACUGCUUUUGUUAUCGCAAUAUCGCUCAUUUCACGUUAUAGAAAAAAGGGAUUUUUGUACCACAAAAAGGAAUA